AUGCUUUUAGCAACCGGUGGAUACGAGUUCCCAGGCAUCCCAAAGAUCACAGACUUGUACAAGAAGCGACAAUGGCAGCUGGAGCACAUGGCUGGUGCCUUCAGGGUGUUCGCCCGCAAGGGCUUCACCGAGGGAACCAGUGGUCAUAUCUCCGUUCGAGACCCGGUCGAUCCCAACACCUUCUGGAUCAACCCGCUGGGCAAGCACUUUGGCAUGUUGAAGGCCAGCGACAUGGUGCACAUCAAUGAGCAGGGCCAGGUCAUUGGAGGCAACAAAGUCGCUAUCAACGCUGCUGGCUUCGUCAUUCACAGUGCCAUCCACCGGGCCAGACCUGACGUCCAUGCCGCUUGCCACAUGCACUCGGUCGCGGGUAAGGCAUGGUCGGCAUUCGGCAAGCCAGUGGACAUUAUCAACCAGGAUUCGUGCUUGUUCUACGGCACUCAGGCAGUCUAUAAUGAUUUUGGAGGCGUCGUUAUAGGCGAGGAGGAAGGUCAGAGGCUUGUUGAGGCGCUCGGAAAGACUGGCCGAGUCAUCUUCCUGCAGAACCACGGCCUUCUAACCACUGGCGGCACUGUCGAUGAAGCAGCAUACCUGUUCACUGCACUUGAACGCACCUGCGAAGUGCAGCUGAUGGUCGAAGCCGCGGGCUUAGAAAAGAAGAUCAUCAGUAACGAGGCUGCCGAGUUCACAGCGAGAAUCAAUGCCGAUCCAGAAACGCUGUACACAGAAUUUCAACCUGAUUUCGAGUACGAAAUAUGGAAGUCGAAGGGGGAGUUGAGCAAAGGAGAAUUAUGA